GCGCUGUGACGCCACAGCCGCCGGAAGCGGCUCCCCGCGAUCGCGGUCCGAGGCGGGCGCUGGGCGCCGGUGCCGACCAUGAGCAAGCGCAAGGCUCCCCAGGAGAGCCCCAACGAGGGCAUCACCGACUUCCUCACCGAACUGGCCAACUACGAGCGCAACGUGAACAGGGCCAUCCACAAGUACAACGCUUACAGGAAAGCGGCCUCGGUCAUUUCUCGGUAUCCGAGCAAGAUACAGAGCGGGGCUGAAGCCAAGAAGCUGGAAGGAGUAGGUGCUAAAAUUGCUGAGAAGAUAGAUGAAUUCUUAUCCACCGGAAAACUACGCAAAUUGGAAAAGAUCCGUCAAGAUGACACGAGCGCAUCUAUCAAUCUCUUGACACGAGUCACUGGCAUUGGUCCCGCUGCUGCUAGAAAGUUUGUCGAGGAAGGAAUUAAGACUUUAGAAGAUCUAAGAAAAAUUGAGCACAAGCUGACUCAUCACCAGCAAGUUGGGUUGAAGUAUUUUGAAGAUUUUGAGAAAAGAAUCCCAAGGGAAGAAAUGCUGCAAAUGCAGGAAAUUGUGCUGAAAGAGAUAAAGAGGCUGGACCCAAACUAUAUUGCUACAGUCUGCGGCAGUUUCAGGCGAGGUGCAGAGUCAAGCGGUGAUAUGGAUGUUCUCCUAACCCAUCCCAGUUUCACAUCUGAAUCAUCCAAACAGUCAAAACUUCUGCAUCAGGUUGUAGAACAGCUGGAAAAAGUUCACUUUGUCACAGAUACGCUGUCUAAAGGAGACACAAAAUUCAUGGGUGUCUGCCAGCUGCCAGAUAAAGAAGAUGGAACAUCAUAUCCACAUCGGAGAAUCGAUAUCCGGCUUAUCCCGAAAGACCAGUAUUACUGUGGUGUCCUGUAUUUCACGGGAAGCGAUAUAUUCAAUAAGAACAUGAGAACUCAUGCUCUGGAAAUGGGCUUCACCAUCAACGAAUAUGCGAUACGUCGUUUGGGUGUAACCGGUGUUGCUGGAGAGGCCUUGCCAGUAGAAUGUGAAAAAGACAUCUUUGACUAUAUCCAGUGGAAAUACCGAGAGCCAAAGGAUCGGAGUGAAUAACUGACUGCUUGCUUAUGUCUGUAGCCUAGAGAGAUGUUUUCAUAGCUUCAUACGAACGUGUGAAAGUGCACAGUCUUACUUUGGAUGUUACCGGAAAAGCUGUACGUUACUGAUGUUUAAAGUGACUCCGUGGCACUCGUACGGAAUGCGCGGCAAAGAUAAAGCCUUUGUAUAGUCACAGAUUAAUUUGGGUUGGUAGGGAUCCCUAAAUGUCACAUAGUCUGGUCUCCCUGCCACAAGCAGGGACAUCUUUGACUAGAUAAGAUUGCUUAGAGCCCAGUCCGAUCUGACCUUGAGUGCUUCCAGGAAUGGGGCAUCCAGCAUCUCUCACUGUAUCUUAAGAAUGUGUAGARAUCAGAAUGAGAAAGGGGGCUAUAACAAGAAGUACUCCUAAAGUAUACCAUUUUCAGCUACUGUCUGUAUCUCAUCAUGUCUCUGUGAAAUGUCUUUGUGAAGUGAUGAAGCUCCUAGUGAGUUGUUUCUGUGUACUUACUUCUAAAAUUUUUCUGUGUGGGCUAUAUGGUAAUGUGGCCGUUCUCCUUUUUAUGUUGCGCGUGACCCGUGAAUUUUGUUUCUAAGCACGCUGCGGUACUACUGAUUGCACUGCUCAGCAACUGCUUUGUUCAACUUGUUCCGCUGGAUCCAAUUAAUGGAUGCACUGCUACCACUCCUGUAGAUUCAAUCUGCCCUUUUUUUAUAGGCAACCUGUCAAAUCUUAUUUUAUACCUUCCSCUGGGAAAGGUAAUGAGUAUUUUGGCUAUGAGAAGAGGUCUCUUCAAGAAUGCAUUACUAGUUGUAUUUGGGAUGGCGAGUCUGUUGGUUUGCUUAAAAUUGUUCAAAGUGGUAAGCUACUAGCUUCCAUCCAUUGCAGAGCAUGAGCAUGGAAUGUGUUGCUGCUACAGUAUUUGAAUACCUUGUAGCAGUAAAGAUGAGACAUAGUCAAAUGGACUAUUGCUAAAUAUAUAACACUUGGUUUAUUGAUGGUUACACUCUCUAUCAGCAUCUAUGGGGACAGAGAGGAUUUUGUACUGUGUCAGACUAGUGAACCUGACCUGACCAUAAAACAGACAUAAUACUACAUCUUAUUUUUACCUGUCUUCAGCCUGCAGAAUAACUACAUCUUAAACUUGUUCUUAUACAAGCAGAGUCGAUCAGUCUUAGUAGUGGACAUUAUAGGCAGAUACUCUUGCUUAUCCCUUUAUUUUCUUCCAUUUUUCUUGUUGGGAUUUUGAAUUAUUUCCUGGAAAUGUUCUCCAGUGCUAAAUGCAUGCAGUGGUAUGUAAGGUAACUAGAAGGUAACUUGGUUCUAUGUGACGUCUUUUGAUGCCUCAUUUUAAAAAUAUGCAUAGCUGAUGUAUUUAGUAUUUUCUUCAGUAAUCAGCAGGAAUAAAUGAAUAUUCCAUCAGGA